AUGUACGACGAAAUAUUUCUACAAGACCCCCUUAUCUCCGAUUUGGGUUACAUACCACCGUAUCGAGUGGGUGAUUGUGUCAACUCACAGUUAAUGGCAGUUCAUAUAGCCAAUUGUAUGUUGAUCACGUUUGUCAGCUAUGUUAUUAUUAUUGUGGUUUAUUCGAAGACUAAAGUUGAGUUUGGUCGAAUGGAAAGUCAGAUGAGUGAACAGACAAAGCGAGUCCAGAAGGAAAUGGAAAAAGUCAUUUUUGUACAGGUGAGAAACUUCCAGCUAGAAUAUGAUUUAAAUACACUUGUUACAGCUAACAGGAAAAGUAUCCUACCUGCCCCACUCAGAAUUAGCUCAAAAUUUUUUUGUAUUAAUUCCGUGUACCAAUAGUACUUAUAAAAAAUUUUGGCUUGCGCUUUUGAGUUUUAAAUUUGAAUUAUUUUGUUGUCCCGCCAAUUUGCCAUUGUGUUUCAAGCACUUUUUUCUACUUUCCAGCUAAGCUAUACUUACAAAUUUAAAACUGUAGGUUCAUUUAAAGGUAUUCUACUAAUACGACAAAGAAAAAUUCCUAAAAGUCGAAAAUUGGCAAGGUUAUAAGCUUGAAACACAAUGCCAAUUUGGCGGGAAGCGCAAAAAGUAAUUUUUUGAUCUCGAUUUUCUCGAGAUUUUUUGGAAAACGCAAUUUAUUAGUUUGCUGAAGAUCUUAAAUUUACGUCUUUAUUCUGUAUAAAAAGUUUGAAGUCAAGCAGAGCGGGGCAGGUCGGGUACUUUCCUUGUAAGUGCAGCUCUUCUCUAAGGUAAAAAAUUUAACCCAAAAUUUUACGUUAUACUGAUAGGACAAGUGCCUUUUAAGUCCCCGCCAUGGGAAAUAGCUCAAAAUUUUUAUAUUAGUUCUCUAUACAUCAAUAGUAUAUAGAAAUAAAAUAUUUUAGCUUUAGUUUUAAAUUUUAAAUAUUUGAGCUACCCACCAGAGCGAGUCGGUCAAUUUUUUUUAAAUUUUGUAAGAAAAAUAAAUUAAAAAAAAAGCAAUUUGUCAAACUAAACAUUAUACUUUAGGCAGUCUUCCCCAUCCUAGUCUUGUUCAUCCCAGGAACUUACCUACCGAUCGCUGCUUUAUUACGACUAAACUAUCGUUUCACCGGCGAAUUUGUUGCCAUCAUGCAUACAACACCGGUCUUCAACUCGUUUUCUGUUAUCUUAUGUGUACCUAGCUACCGUCGCUAUCUACGCGAAUUGUUUUUUACUUCUGAUAGUAGAGUGGAUUCGUAUAAUGGAGGCAAAACCACAACUACACACAGUUCGGACAUGUUUGAAGUUGCUUAA